CGUUUUUUAACCUCGUUCGUAUAGGAAAGAUCCCAUACCCAUGUAUUAUUAUGGGCUCAACCUGUAAGACUGCAAAACCAAACCCACUCAGCACUCAGCACUCUCUCUCUCUCUCUCUCUCUCUCUCUCUCUCUCUCUGUGUUUCGUUUGGCGCCACAAACACAGCCACAGUCGUUUAGUUAUUGGAGUUCAUAAACAGUAGGUUUGCAAUACCUUCCACACUAAUGGGGACUAGGGAAAGCAGUGAACCUUCAACUCAGGGUGCGCCCUUUGAAAUUCAGAAGAAAGAGGAAACGUUUUUUGAUGAGUACACAGAAUCAUUGACAAUAUACGAGGAAGGCUCAGUAGGUACGGAGUUUGUAGGUAAUGGAUUGGCGGAAAGUGAGAAGACAAUUUCUUUUUCUGGAAAUAAUGGUGUUGGUGCUUCACAAAGUGCUGCAAGCAGAGGUGAGGACUCAUCAGAUGAGAGUGGUGACGCUAAUCGCGAUUUUUCAGCAACUCAAAAUCAAAUGCUUGACCUGAUGCAUCAAGAUGGGGAUGCUGAGAAUAAUUCUACAGACCAGUAUAGUGGUACAAAUACAGAUUUGGCAUUUCAGGAUUUUGGGGUAAACGUGCCUGAGACCCAUUUGGAUUUGGGAAUGGGCCUCAAUGUCUCCAGCGGUCAAGCCAUACGUACCAAGGAAGAUUAUGAACAGAGAAUAGAAAAGAGAAAGCAGUCUAAUAGGGAGUCAGCUAAGAGGUCAAGAUUACGCAGACAGCAGGAAUGUGAGAAGCUACAAGCAACUGCGGAGACACUGCAGAGGGAAAUUUCCGAGAUCCCACAAAAGUUAUGGAGGCUUUCUGAGAAAUGUGAGAAACUCAAUGAAGAAAACAAUGACACAAUUGAUGAACUAGAGAAGACUUAUGGUCCAGAUGCUGUUUCUGAUCUCAAAGCUGCGAAAGUUGAGUCUUUUGAUGGCAAAUGCAACAGCCCUGAAUCUUUUGAUGGCGAAAGCAACAGCGCUGAACCGAAAACUCCAAGCAGAGACAACUCAAGUCCCGAUCCUCUAAUGCUUAGUUUGGGGCUAUAACCACGCUGCUGAUUUUUUUUAUAUUGUAGUUGAAAGCUCCAGAAUGAAAAGAAGAAAGGAAAAAAAAUAUUCCCAUCUCAUCAUUUUUGCCUGUUUUGUGCCAACUGAUGGUUUUCUACUAAAUGUUGUGAGACUUGGAUUGGAGAGUGGAACCGUAAAGAUUUUUCUAAUUAUAAAUAGAAAUGGCCAUAG